CAUUCAUCAGCCGAUGGCGCAGACAUAAAAUCAUAGUCUAGCCCCCCCCUCCCCUCAUCUAGAUCAUUCUCUCUCAUCCAAUUGAUUGAGAAUGUGUCUGGGUUGGUAGGGAUUUAGGACACCUUCAGGGAUACAUACUAUGGAGUUAUCUUCUAUCCAUUGCAGGGUUUGAUUGAUAGCGAUUCAGCUCCUAAGAGGAGGGAUUGAAAUGUGAUAUAGCAUCAUCAGACGGUAUGUCAACGCCAAUUAUCAGGCGUAGAUAUGGUCGAGCUAGGAUGGUAGUGUGAUAGGAAAUGACGUCGGUAAAUACCUAGAGGGAAUUAACUGGGCUUCUUGAGCUAUAAGAUAUGGGGUUUUUGUUCUGCUGAUAUUCUCGUUAUUCUUUUGCAUCGAGCAAUUCCUAGAACCAACCCCUUGACUUAAUUGAGUGAAGUUAUUGUAGUAUCUGCUACAAUCAUGUCUGCUGAGAUCUACUACCUGCCCUCGGGCUGCAACUGCGAUGGAACCGGCUACACUCGCACCGACAUCCAAAAUGCCGCCGAUAAAGCCCUCUUUCUAGCCUCUCAGCACCAAACUCUAGGUCGCGACAAAUAUCCUCAUGCCUACAACGACUACGAACAUUUCAGCUUCAAGCACGCUCAGAAGCCCUAUCUCGAAUUUCCCAUCGAGCGAAACGGAAAGACCUACGAUGGCGGUUCUCCUGGUGCCGACCGCGUCGUGAUCGGUAGUAUUGCCGAGGACUAUUCCAGCGCGGUCUUUUGCGCUGUUAUUACUCAUGAUGGGUCGACGAAUAAUGGAUUUACGGAAUGUCAGGAUGACACGAUGAAUGUGCGGGGUAAGGGCAAGUAUGAGCCCAGCGAGAGCGAGUACGACAAGAAGCAUCAUCAUCACCACCGGAAGCUGUUAGACAGAAUCGAUUUGUAAGGGUCGUGGGGAUGCUGGGGAAUUCGCUGUGAAAAUGACUUAUUACGGACUUUUAUGAACCUAGUCCGGAGGCUGAAGGAGCUCCAGAGUAACAGAAUAUAGGGGGCUAUGCACGUUGAACUAGAAUAAACUUGCAAAUUUAAGAUCAAUUA